AUGUUACUCGUCGUUCUUUCGUUUCAAUGGCAGGGGGUGGACCCGAAGAAGAACCGUUCCGUUCCGCCGUUUCGCCGUUCUGAAACUGAUUACGUACUACUUGUUGAAUGGGGCUGCAGGGUUUUUGAGCUGUGUGACGCCUUCCCCGACCUUUGUUUCUCUAUCAACGGGGGAGUGAACACUCUGGACUUGGCGAAACAGUUGCUGAGUGGCGAAUGGAGGAAGGCGGAAGACAAGGCGGCUGCGCGUCCCCAUAGUUGUGACAAUGAAGCUGCAGAGGGUGUGCACCUCGGAGGGCUGCACGGGGUAAUGAUUGGCAGAGCCGCCAUGAAUGACCCUUGCUGUCUUGCCCAAGCUGAUAAGCUAAUUUACGGAGCAAGCGCCAACCCUGAAAGUGCACACUGCAGACGAAGCCUCCUCAUGGCAUACACGGACUACCUGGAGCGCUACGAAGCACGCGUGGACGAGCCCAAAAGCCCUUUUGUCCUACUGAAGCCAAUUCUCGGCGUUUUGAGUGGCAUGCCAGGGCAAAGGCACUUCAGACACACACUUGACACCAAAAUACGACGCUCGGCUCCGGACGAGACGGCGGUGGAGGCACUGCACCAGGCCAUUGAUGCCGUAGACCAUGAAUUCCCGGGGGUUCUUGAUUACCCACUGAGUAUGGGAAAGAACCCGCGGUACGAAGAACUUCGUUCGUCAUUAGAACAACAACUGCGCUCUCCUGAUUAA